AUGGCUGGUAUUCAAGGACAACUCGAGCGUGGUGCCGUCCCCAACCAUAUCUCUAAUGUCUGUCCCAAAGGAACCAAGCUACAUGUCCUGGAGGUUGGGUGGCUGGAAUGCGACGAGGCGUUCGUGACGCGAGGCGGAAACACCAGCCUGAAGAGCAACGAGACCAAAUCAUUCGUCAACAAGCGCAGGGAGCUGCCCAUGUAUUGUAUCCUGAUCGAGCACCCCCAUGAAGGUCUGAUUCUGUGGGAGACGGGUUGCGGGAAAGACUAUCCCGAGGUCUGGGGCCCCGCCCUGAGCGAUGUUUUUGCUCGCGUAAGAUAUGAACCCAGACAUGAGCUGAAAGCUGCGGUCGAAGCUACGGGGAACAAGCUCGAGGACAUCAAGAAGAUCAUUAUCGGCCAUCUGCACCUCGACCAUGCUGGCGGGUUGGACAUGUUCCUGGAUCGGAAAGAUGUCGAGAUUUGGGUGCACGACAAAGAGCUCAAAGCCGCAUUCUGGUCCGUUGCAACCGGGGCUGAUGCCGGUGUCUACCUUGAGCAUUACCUGAAGUUGAGCUUUAACUGGAAGACCUUCGAUGACCGGACAAUCGACUUCUGCCAGGGCAUCACACUGCAUCACUUGCCAGGCCAUACUGAUGGUUUGAUCGGAAUGCAGAUCAACCUGCCCGACAGCGGCACCUUCCUCUUCAUCAGUGACCAUUGCCACGUUAUCGAAAAUUGGCGCGACGGUAUUCCUCAGGGCUGGCUGGCGCGAGACCAUCCCGCCUGGUUCCAGAGUACGCAGCGGCUUAAGCAAUUGGAGAGGACGACCAGAGGGCAGGUGAUCCCAGGACAUGACAAGGAAACGUUCCUCAACCUUAUCAAGGACGGCACUGUCUAUACCUGA